UAAGUAAAUUUCAAUAGACAUAAUGAAAAAUUUGUGAAAUACUCCUUCUAAGAAAGCUGCAUGGGAAAUUGCAGGUCAUGUGAGCCUAGGUCCACGGUCACAGCCAAGUUAAUUCUCGUAGACGGAGAGCUAGAAGAAUUUCCAUGUCCAAUAAAAGUGUCAAAUUUGCUUGAACAAAAUCCAGAUUGUUUCAUAUGCAAUUCAGAUGAAAUGGGAUUUGGCGAAUUUGUUUCGGCCAUUGAUGGCGACGAGGAGCUGCAGCCGGGAGAGCUCUACUUUGAGCUGCCGUUGAAGUGGUUGAGCCACCGGCUGCAGGUUGAGGACAUGGCUUCUUUGGCCGUGAAAGCCAGCGUUGCUCUUACAAGAAGUGAUGGGAUUACUAAGUGUUGUGGGUCUAAGAAGGUAGGUCCUAUGAUACUGUUUCACGAGAAAGAUGACAAGGCAAGGCCUCUCCUGGCGGCGGAUGGUGGCGGUCGAGCAUAUAGCUGUAAAGGUCGCAAAUUUGAUUCAAAACUGAGUAUAGUGCUUGAAGAGUAAGGCCUAAAAUCUCUUCAGCUCUGGAAUUUCCUUGAGAAAGUUCAUGUUUUUGUGGUGUUGUUCUAGGAAGACCCAACUCACCCAUACGCUAUACCUAUGUAUACAAUUUUAGGGUCUUCUGUGCAGUUUUGUGAUCUAAACAAUUUUUUCCCUCUGCUUUUACGAAUCGUAACAAGUAAUAUAGUGGACUUAAGAGUUCCAAUAUAGUU